AUGAGCCAGCUACCUCUCUCACCUCCCUCGGAACCCGGCUCUCCUCACACAACUGAACCGGUGCCCCUCACAUCGUCAAUUCGCACAACUCCGAUCCAUCCCCUUCUUCCGGAAAUCAAAGUCCCUGGCGAACCGUUGCCCUCGCAUCGAUACAAUCCGGUCACAUGCACACCUUUCGACCCCGCUGAGAUUCGGCCCCAACUCGAACAACUUCGCAAGGAAUACUCGUCACCCGCUGCGGCACUCAAAGCGCAGGAGGAAGCCGUGAAGGAGGUGAAACAAAGAAUCGAGGACGCGGAACGCAAACGCGGCGAAGUGCAGAAGGCCUUGGACAAGAAGAUCAAGGAACGAGAUACGGAACUCAAGGUGCUGUCGAAGUACCAAGAAGUGAAGGCCUCGGUUCCUUCAUGA